AUGGAUGCAAUGCUUGAGGUUUUUCAUUCUUCCGAUGAGUAUUUACGAGAAUACCUUGCGAUUAAAUUGGCAGCCUGCCAAUUAAGCGUUCCAUUUCUUUUGCCUGACCCUACAGCGCCUUCUCAAAACGUUACAAUUCUGCUCUCAGCUUUGAAAGGCAUAACCAAAACUUGGAAGGAUAGUAACCAAAAGAAUGAAAACGCGUUUGCAACGGAAUAUCCUUUUCCCGUGGUUUCUUUCCUACGUAUUGGCCAAACUAUGUCGAAGUCAUCCUUGAUGAACAAAGUGAUGAGUGAUGCUAUUGGUUAUCAUGACUACUUUUUCCAGAGAGGUAUGAAAGGUGGCCACUACAAGAGGAAAACCGUCGAUGGAUUAGUUGAAUUGAGCUGGUUUCUUCCCGCAGCAAAAAAGAUUGAGCAAACAUUGAAGAAUGAGAUUUGUUUUGCAAAUUUGCGAGGAGACGUUAGAUAUUUUAAAAAGCAGUUCAAUAUCCUGUUGAAGUUUUCAUAUGUGCUAUGUCUACUGCUACCUUCCGGAGAUCCCGAAAUGACUGUGACCGAAGUCAUGAAUGAAGCCGUGAAAUCUGAAGCAAAAAUCAUUCUCAUCUUCAAAGAACCAUGUACAAGUGAUUAUUUCAAUGACUUAGAAAGAAAAUAUCCUGGUACCUUUUCCUUCAUAACGAAAUCUGACAAAGAAAAUAAAUUCGAGUUUUUGCAAAGUAUACGAGAAUGUAUUCAACAGAGUUUGCACCAAGUCAAAGGAACGCCACUUGCGGAACUUGCAAACAUUGCUGGUAAAUUUGGCAUUUUCGUUGACGGCAAUCACCAGCACAGAGAAGUUGAUGCGAUCGUUGACUCUUGGCUACACCAGGGGAUCAAAGAGGCAAAAGAUCUUCUAGCACUACAAAAGUACGUUCCAGCGUUGGCAGUUUUAGAACGGGAAAAGUAUUCCCCAAAGCUUCGCGCGAGCAAGUCUAAAAGCGACCACACAAGAGAGGAAAUCAUGAAUGAAAUAUAUGAAGAUAUAGAAGCUGAAAAAGGAGCUCAAAGAGAAUCUUUUAAGAAGCUAGACGAAAAAAUUGUUAAAUUUCUCAAUAGUUUAACGAAAAUGGAUCAAACAGAGCGAAAUCGCGUCUUGAGUGGCUUUAAACACCAAUUAGACAAGAUGUCACUAGCGGAUAUGGCAAAAUUACAUCAAGAGCAUCAUGUUUCGCGUCAGAAAGAGAAAACGAAGACACUUCAAAUGUCAGAUGCCCAAUCACCCAAUCAGGAUGAUUUGAAAAAUAUCGAGGCACAACUAUCAGAAUUUUCAUUUGGCUUAGAACACAUCAUUAGAGAAAUUGCGCAGUUACACCAACUUGGAAUUAGCGAUUAUGACUAUGCAGGUGCUGCAGCAGAAAUGUUGCUUUCAGGACAACCUAUCGAGUUACUAGAUGGCGACUCGUCGUACGUUCCACUGUCGUGGUUUAACGCUGUUUAUACUAAAUUACAACGUAAAACAAACAACGCGAAAUUAUUUGUCAUUUCCGUUUUAGGAAUUCAAAGUUCAGGUAAGUCAACCCUAUUGAACACAAUGUUUGGAUUAGAAUUUCCUGUCAGUGCUGGUAGAUGUACACGCAGCGCUUUUGCUAGUCUAUUACCUCUUAGUGACUCACUGAAGUCCGCUUCAAAGUUUUCUUAUGUAUUGAUCAUCGAUACUGAAGGCCUAAGAGGAUCCGCAGAUCCUCAAUUGCGCGAGCACGACAAUGAAUUGGCAACUUUUACAAUUGGCGUUUCAGAUUUAACCAUAGUAAAUAUCUUAGGUGCGAAUCAUAAUGAAAUGAAAGAAUUCUUGGAGAUAGCCGUACAUGCAUUUUUGAAGAUGAAACUUGUCAAUGAGAAGAAAACAUGUAAAAUUGUUCAUCAGAAUGUUGUAGCCACCGAUGCGACUGAUCAAUUGAUUGUUGAACGCUCUAACCUGAAAAAAGAUCUUGAUGAAAUGACGAAGCUUGCUGCCAGGGAAGAAAAUUGUGACCACAAAUUUCGCAAGCUAAAUGAUAUUAUUUCAUUUAAUGAAAGCGAAGAUGUAUUCUACAUUCCAGGUCUUUUAACAGGUAGUCCACCAAUGGCUCCAGUCAACCCGGAAUAUGGCAGAGCUGUUCAAGAAGUUAAAGAAAACAUCGUAUCGUUGAUGUGUUCGAAAGAAAUAUUUCGAUAUUCCAUUUCUCACUUUCGCGACAGGGUGUGCACCCUAUGGAGAGCAAUGUUGAAGGAGGACUUUAUCUUUACCUUCCGUAAUACGAUCGAAGUAAGAGCCUAUACCUCGUUAGACCGGAAAUAUUUUCAGGAGUCAGUGAAUGUGAUGGUGAUUGGAAUGAAACAACUGGAAAAUAGGAUAGAAGUAGCUCUAAAAAGAUGUACGACCAAUGAAGAACUUACAAAUAAAUGGCUCAAACUGGAAAAAGGUAUUAAUCGUGAAGCAGGAAACUUUGCGGCUAAAAUGAAAAAAGAAAUGAAAAAUUUCAUUGAAACCAGUGAAGAUAACGCAAUUCUCGAACAGUGGAGAGAAGUCAUCAUGAAUAAAAUAGAGCAGGAAAAGGAUAUUCAAGUGAUGGAAGUUAGUAAAGAUUGCAAAGCAACAUUUGAUCAUGUGCGGAAUCUACAAGAUGUCAAGGAAAAGCAAAAGAUUUACGAAAGUGAACUUAUUAACAAAGCAAGAGAAUUUAUAACUUCAGCCAAAAAUACGGAGGAUAUCGAAAAAUGUAAAGAAGCAUUUGAUCAAGAAUGGCAGAAGUGGAUUCAAUGCGUUCCACCUUUCCAGGAAAAUAAAAUUCAUGUCGAGCACGAAAUGAAGAAUGUUCUCCGUGAGACCGACGCUCACCUGAAAACUGAAAUGUCUGAAAAAUUAGACGACCUGAAAGGCUUGUCUCUAUCAAAUUUUGAAAAAGAAGCUCCCAAGAUUUAUGUCGAACAAAUUGGAAAACAGGAGAAAAAGAUUCCGUCAGCCAGAAUAAUUCGGAAUAAAGCAAUCAAAGAGGCACUUAGUUUUGCUAAUACUGCAUCACGAUCAGGAAAUAAAUGUACACUAAAUGAUUUCACACAAUUGUACCACAAUGUUACUUCCAUCAUUGAGAAAGAGUCCAAGAAUUAUUCCAUUAAAUUUUCUAAUGAUUUGAAGUGUAAUAUAUUGCUCCACGUAUUUGGGCUAACCUAUAAAAUAUUUGAAGAAAUGCAAGAAAGUUAUCUACACGAAAGAAAUAUUAGAGAAAACCUAGAAAAAACCCUGCGACCAAGCUUAGAAUCACGUUUUCUAAAUCUUUGCGAGACGAUGGAAAAAGGAGUGCUGGCUGCUACUUCAUUCGUUGAUAUACUUAAAGCUCCAAUUAAGUCACACCUAAACCAGUGGAUGGGUCAGGCAGUGGCAAAACAAAUAAUAGAAGAUAGCGUGCUCACGAAUGAGGAUCAAUCUAAUGCUGAAAUAGUGCGAGAGACCAUGUUCAAAAGUGAAAAACAAUCUAAUGAUGAGGUGAAACAUCAAAAUGAUAUGUUCAUGAGUAAAGGUCAAUUUCACGCCAGCGUUCUUAUUGAACUUGGAGAGGAGGGAAAGUUUGAACGGUAUAUUCCUUACCUUGAAAAUCCAACAGAAUUUCUUAAGGAGACAUUAACAUCAACAAUUAAAGACUACUGUCUAAAUGGAGGAAACGCCUUUGUCAAUCUUCUUCUCAAAAAAGCGGUGGAAGAUAUUAAAUGUAAUGUGUCCAGUGCUAUUUCAUUUGCCGACGAGGAAACAAAUACUAAAGACAAGAACCUGACAGUUUGGAUUCAGAAAUUUGUGGAAAAAUGUUCUUCCCUACCAAUCACGAAAGACAUGUUUGCAGUGGUUACAAUUUAUGACGACCCGGAGUAUGUUGACCUAUUCAAGAGCAGUAUCGACGAAAAAGCAAAACUUUUGUUUGAAGGCCUGAGCACGGACGGUGUGAAUGAGGAAAUUUUUCAAAAUUGGAAACCAUCCCCGGAUGAGUAUUUGUUAACGUCGAUGUUCGGCUGUGAGAAAUUCUGUCCAUUCUGUAAAGGGUUAUGUGAUCACACCGACAAAAAUCAUAUUGGUGAUCACUAUACAAGCAUUCAUCGUCCAAAAGGAAUUAGCGGUUACAACGACCACAAAACGAAAAUAUUGAGUCAUUCCAUCUGUCCAAACAGUGUCGCAAAUGCCGGAAUGAUAUUUUUCAACGUAGAUACCGAUUAUAAAUGGCAUAAUUACAAGGAUUAUCGGUCAGUCAAUGAAUAUUAUAAAUCCUGGAAUAUUCCCGAUGAUUCAUCGUUUGAAUCAUCCACAUAUUGGCAGUGGUUCAUGGCAACCUUUUCAAAAGAUUUGGCGGAUCAUUACAAAGUCAAGGAACCUGAAUUCCCUUCACACUGGAAAGGUCACACAUUCGAAAAAGUUAAGGAGGACCUGCAAAAGGAGUACAAAUUAGUUAAAAAUUGA